AUGUCCACCAAAGCAGCGCUCAAAGCCGCCAAGGCGGCCAUCGACGCCAAAAAGUGGGAUGAAGCCAUCGAACAAGCGAACGCAGUGCUCGCAAAGGACCCAGAGAACUACUUCGCGAAACUGUUUAUAGGGCGCGCGCAGGACGGCCUGGGAAAGCUGGAUUCAGCAGCGCAGGCGUAUAAUGACGCGACGAAGAUCAAGCCCCAGGAUCCACAGGCAUGGCUGGGACUGAGGGGCCUGUACCAGAAGCAGGGAAAGGCAAAGGUGGACGAGAGGAUCGACGUCGAGCUGAAGUUGGCGCAGAUAUACGCAGAGCUUGACGAUGCACACAAGGCACAGACCGCCAUCGACAGCCUCGUCGACCACGCAAGAAAACACGGGACAAAGCUACAAUAUGCCCGCGCCCUUACCCUACAGACGCCCGACUCGCCCAUCUACUCAUAUCUCGAGGGUCGCCUACCCCAGCCCGCCGCCGUCUACGCCCGUCUCGCGGAGAUCUAUGAAGGCGAAGAAAUGGCCACCAUCAAGCGCCAGAUCGACGAGCGCAGGUCAAGACUCGGCGCGACACUCGAGGGUACGACAACAGAAGUCAAGAACGAGGUAUAUGGAGCAAGUCCAUUAGAGGAUAUCUACCAGAACAUCGUAGAUUGGACGAGCGAUGACACGCUAAGGAGGGAGUACGAGGAGAAGCUGCUUCAGAGGGCAUACGACACGCUGCUUGUGUUGCCAGCUGGAAAAAAGGAGGCAAAGAGGGAGAAGGUGAUCAAGCUGGCGCACGAUAUGGUUAUCAUCAGGCACCCAUAUCAGCUUGCUUGGCAGAUAGAACUCGAAUGGAGGUCGGGACUUGCGGUGGAGGCGUAUUGA